AUGUUAGCAUUCCUAGCUACUUUAGCCUUAAUAGGUGUAUCAGUUUACUAUUUUACUGUGUUGAGGAAAAAAUGGUAAGAUGAAAAAGCUAGAUCAUUAAAGGAGUUAGCCAAAAAAUAAGCUGCUUAACAGAAUGCGAAAAAAGAAAAACAUUCUAAAAAUUCAACAACUUAAUCAGCUACUCAUACAGAAUAAACUCAACCUUCUACUUAACCUGAGUAGAAAGUUAAAAAUUUAAAGAAAAAGGACCAUGUUAAUACCAAAAUUAACCAUAAAAAUAUUGAGCAUGAGUUAUAUUAGGGAGCUGUUAAGGGUUUUGCAGGAGAAAUAACUGACUAUGACUUUAAUCAUGAAUUUUUAAUUGUUUCAUCUAAAGAUAAACAUAUUAGAGUGUUCAAAUUGAAUGACCUUUGUGCUAAUUAAGUUUAUUAUUUCUCUGUAGAAUUCGGUUACCCUACAGCUGUAGCAAUUUCUCCUGACUCCAAGUAUAUUGCUUAUGCUAUUAACAUAGAUAAGAGUAUUGAAUUGAGAGGAUUUGAUCUUAGUAACCCAGAUGUUAAAAAAAGAACAACACAACCAAAGAUUUUUGCAAAGGACUGUCAUAAAGAAGAAAUUCAAAAGCUUUCUUUCGACAUUAACAAUAAGUUUAUUAUCUCAAGUGCUUGCAAUUCCGAUACUUUUGUAAAGAUUUGGUCUCUUUAAGGAAAGGAAUUGAGCGCUUAUAACACUGGACAUAACACUCAUUAUAUGGCAAGAUAUUCAUAAUAACGCAAAUUCUACUUCUUUGCAUCAUGGACUUCUAACUUCAAGACACUAACAUUUGUCACUGAUAAAACUACACAUGAUUUCAAGUAAAUCACAAAAGCUUACGGCUUAAGUCAUGGCGCAUCUAUCAAUUAUGUCAACAGUGAUAAUCUCGAUGAAAAAGCUAUAACUAUUUCAAAGAAUGAAAAAUGUGUAAAGUUUUGGGAUAUCAACGUGAACUACUAGGCAUUGGCAGAUCCAAAAGUUAUAAAGCAAUUUAAAGGAGAAGCAGAAUAAAAAGCUUUAUUUGAUGGUAAGGAUUAAAUUAUCAUUUCUGGUGCUAUUCAUAACUACGAAGGAAAAGUAUUUUAUUCUUUGUCAAACGGUGAAGAUGUUGUCUUACUAGAUCAAGAAUUCAACAAAAUUUAGUUAUUCAAGGAUGUCUUUACUCCAGAUUUCUAUAUCAACAGAGUAGAAUUUAUUUAACCUAAUGAUUCUACUCUUUUUUUGGUAUUUGGUUCUCUCGAUGAAGGAAGAUUAAAUGUUUUUAAUAUUUCUAAAUACAUUAAUUGA